AUGGCACAGCAAUCCCCGCUCCUCCUCCUACCGGGUGAAUUGAAGAACCAAAUUAUUGAUUACAUCCUCACCCGCGACCCCGGCACCGCACCACCUCCGCUACAACAUUCUCCAUUAUCACUAUCUUCAACAUGCCGCCAGUUACAUGAAGAAUACCACACCCUCGCCUGGACCGCAACGAUCUUCACCCUUCCAUGGUCAUCAGCAGAAGACCUCAUACGAAAAACCAGUCUACUACCCUCAACAUCCGUAUCCCGCAUCACAAAACUUCAAAUUAGACUACCAUCAGAUCUCACCUCACUCUACACCCCAGACAUAAACCGCCGCCGCGUAAAACCCUUCAACUUCGCCCGCGCCGGCCUCACCAACCUCGAAGAACUCUACAUCCGGUACCGACCCGAGCACACAGAAAAAGGCAUCGGCGGACCCGGCCGCGAACUAAUCGUGCAGAUCCUCUGGCGCAUCAUGUGGGAAAGAGAUAUCAAGCGACUACGGAAAAUUUGCAUCGUGCACGAUGGGGCGCAGCCGUUCCUUUCGCUUUCCCUGCUGUAUAACAUGUUGCAGAACUUUACACCGCUGCAGGUGUCGAAAAGGUGGAAGGUGCGAUCGGAUCUUGAGCAUGGAAGACUGAGAUUUGAGGAGUGGGGUGGUGGGGAGAAGGGGAGGGGCGUGGAUGUUGUUGUUGGGUUUAGCUUUUGGGAGGCGGAGGCUUAUGUGGAGGUUUGUGAGAUGGUUCUUGAGGUAUGUUUGAUUCGUCUCUUGGGUCGGAGGGGGUGCUGUCAGGAGGAGAUUGGGGUUCUAGGCAAUAUUCAGAACCGGCAGAUGCUGACUUCAGGCCAGGAGAAUCAUGCUCAGGUCAUUCUGGCUCGGCGAGCCGAGUGUUUGUACGUCACUCCGCUGCGAGAUAUGAAUGACGACGCUUUGAGGCGAGAGGUCGAUAAUCUCAACACCUUGUUUCCUGUGUUAGGAGACGAGGAACAUGUUCUUCAACCACACGUGGAGCGUAUACGUGCCACGUGUGCGGUAAGUAACCGAGGAUGA